AGUUCAGAACAAAAUCAAACGACGUCACGGAAAGCAGAUUGAUUAUUCCCACCGUUUGGCCCAAGGCUCAAUUCUUCCUGACUUCGAUAGGGGAAUUCGUUUUAUGAAAGAAGAAGAAAAGAAAAAUGCAUUGAAAUUUCACAGUCUGACUUGAACAGAAUAAUAAAAAAAAACCAUGGCCCUCCGCUCUUUCAUCCCAAGGGCCUCCUCCGCGCUCCGCCAGCGGGCUUUCACAGCAUCUCGAAGCUACGCUAUCCAGACUCCGGGGAAUCCGACUCUAGAAGUGUUCAAUCGGAAAGUGAAAUACUUGCAGAAAGAGAGAGCCGGGCAGAAUGUCGAGCAGAGUCGGAAAGUGGACUAUUUGAAGGAUGAAGUCGCAACACGGUUAUGCGAACGGUUACUGGAUAUCAAACGAACGUUCCCUAACGUGCUCGACCUCGGCGCGAAUAGCUGUAACAUCGCCCGCGCCCUGACAGCGCCGAACCCAGACCCCGAAUCUCCCUCAUCACCACCUCUCUCCAGCAAGAUUUCAAAGCUCACUUGCGUGGACACGUCUCCGGCCCUCCUAUACCGUGACGCAGACCUCCCGUUCAACAAAGAACUAGAUAUCCAACGAGAUGUGGUCCCCGAUCUAGAGUCUCUGCCCUAUGCCCCCAACACCUUCGAUGCUGUACUCUCCUCCCUCUCAAUCCACUGGAUCAACGACCUCCCUUCCCUUCUCGCCCAAGUGAACUCGAUCCUGAAACCAGACUGUCCGUUUAUCGCGGCCAUGUUUGGCGGUGAUACGCUCUUCGAGCUGCGCGCGUCCCUGCAGCUCGCGGACCUCGAGCGUCGCGGAGGCGUCAGUCCCCACAUCUCGCCGCUGGCUGAUGUCCGCGAUGUUGGCGGUCUGUUGACUCGGGCGGGAUUCAAGAUGUUGACGGUCGAUGUGGAGGAUAUCAUUGUUGAGUUUCCUGAUACGUUUGCGCUCAUGGAGGACCUGCAGGCGAUGGGGGAGAAUAAUGCUAUUCUGCACCGUGAGCAUGGACCCAUCUCGCGAGAUGUGUUGCUUGCGAACGAGGCGAUCUAUAGAGAGCUACAUAAGGAGGAGGAUGCGCAGGGAAUCCCGGCGACGUUCCGGUUGAUUUUCAUGAUUGGGUGGAAGGAGGCUCCUGGACAGGCACAGCCGUUGAAGAGGGGUAGUGGUGAUGUGAAUCUCAAGGAUAUAUUGGGAGGGGGUAGUUUCGACGGAUCAUGAAACCGAGGCAAAGGGAAUCUAAUAGAAAAGCUGGCCUUUUUUUUUUGUGUGUCGCUAUGUAUAUGUAAAAUAGAGAGAGGGAGAAAACAAAACGGGGAAUAUAUCUGCACUGCACUUUCUAGGAGCUG